AGCAGCAGCAGCUCAAAUCCGGUAUACCUGCUUCGAGACGAAGAUCCUCCACUUCACUUCCACUUUCAGCCGGUCAUGGACUUCAUAGAUCCCAUCCUGUCCAUUGCAUCAACCAUCUACACCCUGGUUGACAACGUGAAGGCCAAUAAGAAGCGAUGCCGCCGCGUCGCCCAGCGAGUCAAAGCCCUGGACGAGCUGCUCCGCUCCAUCAGGAAGAGAGAGGAGGUCCACAUCUCUACGGAGGUGAGAAAGGCUCUGAAGGAACUGUCCAUCACUCUGGAGUCGGCUCAGGAGCUCAUCAGGAAGUACACGCUGUCCAGCUGGAUGGAUCGACUCCUGAACUCCAGUAGCCAUGGAGACGAGUUCAGCAGCGUCAACGAGAGGCUGAACGACGCCUUCCAGGUCCUGUCCGGAGCUCUGCAGGUGGAGCAGGGAAACAUGCUGCAUCAGGUGUUUGAGCUCGCCUCCAGAGAGAAAGAGGACGAGGUGGACGGACGGGCGGACGAGACAGAGCUCAAGAAACUGCUGCUGGAGUACAUGAAGGCUCAGCAGGAGAAAACCGACGCGAUGCUCAAACACUUUGAACAGCUUAAAGCCAGCGUGGAAACGGCCGUCGAUAUGUUGAAUAAGCCGAGCGCCACCGAUGAAGUCAUCCGUAUGAUCAAACCGGACGAGCUGAAGUACGAAUAUCCCAAAGAACCUUUCAUGAGGACACCGAACUCAGAGGUUUACAGAGGACAGUACCACGGAUUCACAGUGGCCAUCAAGAGAUACAUCGACCCUGUGAACACCAGCCCCAAGGAGAUACGGACGUUUUUCAAUAAGGAAGUUGAAACCAUGAGACGCUUCGAGUCGCCCAACAUCCUGCGAAUGUUCGGCAUCUGCGUCCAGGAUGAAGAUGGACCUCAUCCUCAUUUCUUCAUCAUCAUGGAGUACUGUGAGAAGGGAAGUCUGCGGCAGGUUCUGGACUCAGACUGCAAGCUUUCCUGGACCAGGAAGGCUCGGAUGUGUCUGGACGCAGCACAAGGACUCUACAGACUGCACCAGACAGAAGCCAAGAGUAAAGUUCACGGCUGCAUCAACAGCUGUAAGUUCCUGGUGGCUGAAGGCUACAGAGUGAAGUUGGGAGGUUUCGAGUUGGCGAAAACGGAGACGUCGCUGAGAAAGAUGACGAAGAGCAAACACAUCAAGUCUCUGUGCUACACGGCUCCUCAGAUGCUCGACGACAUCAACCACGUCUACAGCAAAGAGUGUGAGAUGUACAGCUUCGGUAUCGUCCUUUGGGAACUCGCCACCAGGAAGAAACCUUUUGAAGGUUGUUCAAGUAAAGAAAUCUAUCAGAAAGUGUGCAAAGAGAAAUAUCAGGAGCCGCUGCCUGACGACUGUCCUGAAGCUCUGGGAUCUCUGAUCAACGCCUGUCGGAGCUACGAGAGCUUCCAGAGGCCGUCUGCUGGAGUGCUGGCUGAUAAACUUCGCAGUGUGGUGGCUCAGUUAGAGGAGCAAUGAAACGUCUCCGUCAGCUGUCCUCAGAGAGAAGUCAUGAAGUCUGAAAACUGGCCUGUAACAUGUGCAACAACUGUGAUAUGAUUUAUUGAUUAAUUGAUUAAUCACCAGCAGUUUUUUUAAAAUAAUGGAGCAAUAAUUUCAAGUCUGAUUCCAGCUUCUUAAAUGUGAAUAUUGUCUCGAUGUCUUUAGUCCUCUGUGACAAUAAACUGAAUAUUUUUGGGGUUGAGCAAGGCACUAAA